UCUUCUUCAUAUUCAUUCUCUUCCUCUCUCUUCUUCUCUCGCGCUCUUUCUCUUUCUCUCUCUAUUCAUUGUUCCUUCCCCUCUCCGAUCCUUCAAUCACUGAUCGUGAUCAUUCUUCGCUUCCCUCGGUUUCUUUCUCUGAGUUGAUUUUGGGGGUGUUCCUUGUAAGUAAUAUUGAUAUCUGAAACUUAGAGGCUGCAAGCUCUUGUUUUGAUGAUAACAAGGAUUAAUUUGCAUAAGCAAAUCUCUACAUUAUGGAUCAGAUGACGGAUUCAGAAAUGGAUCAACAAAGGCAAGGCUAUUUUCAUUCUGAACCCUGUAUCCUUUUGAGAGGCACCACCAGCAUCUCACAGCCUAAUAUCCGCACCUUGGUGACAGCUUCAGGGAACACAACUAAUGUUGAUUCCCACUAUUUACCAGAUGCUUAUGACAAUGCUAGGGUGUAUGGGGUUACACAAUACAAUGGCAUUCCGCCUCAACAUAAUCUUGAUAUUGGUGUUGCAGCUGCAGCCAACUUAUAUUAUUCUGGCAUGAAUCCUUCUUCUAGUACUGGUGUAUUCCCUUUGCCUCUAAAUCACAGAGCUUCUGAUCAGUUGCCAGGUCCAAGCACAUUUGCAGCCUCUGGAGUUUCUUCGGAUAAUUUCGGAAGAAGCACCGGUUUCGUGGAUGAUGUCAGAGGUCCAUACAAAAGGAAAAGUGCUGAAGGGAUUAGAGGAAAUUACCAGUAUUUUAAUGCUUCUGCUAGUUCUUCAAUUGCUCCCCCUAAUGCAAGACACACUGAUGGGGUUGCUAUGAUGGAUACUGCAUCAUUUUCAUUCCGUGUCCCUUCACUUGUGGAAGUAGGACCACAUGCUAGUGCAUGGAGCAGAUCAGGCGAGUCUAUCAUGGUGCAUGACCAUAACCAUUUGAUUCAUGGAAACUAUUUAGGGCAGCACUUUCAGCCAGCUCCUCCUCCCUGGUUGGACCCGCAUUUGAAUAGUAAUAACAAUGAUGGCCAUACCACAACCUGGAAUCAGUCUCUUCCAAUGCCUUAUAUACAAGCACCCAAUGUAAACGGAAGUUCAUUAGAGAAUGCAAGUAUGGGUUUGCAGAGAUAUCAUGAUCCAGCUGGCAAUAGAAAUGGCCUUAGGUUUCCUCCUCCUCCUCCUCCUGUCAACCAACAGCACCAUAAUUAUCAUCAUCCAGCAUUGCCCAUGCAAGGAGUAAGAGGCCACGGUAUCAACUUUCACCCUCCCGCAACUGCAGCUUCAUUUAGAGUUCCAACAAAUCCUUCACGAAGUGCUGCUAUCCCUACACAGACUGGUUUUGAGAUGGGCCCUAGGCAUGUUGGCCCUGCUCCAUCAGCAGCCCUCCGGAUUUACCGACCUCAUAGAGGCAUCAUGCCAGAGACAACUCUUGGCCAUCGAAGUCUUCCGCGCGUGGGCUUUCUCCAAGUUGAUGAUGUUGCUUUAAUUGAUGAAGUGGGAAAUUUGGUUGACCAUCACAGAGAUAUGCGCUUGGACAUAGAGGAUAUGUCUUACGAGGAUCUUCUUGCAUUGGGUGAACGGAUUGGCAAUGUAAGCACUGGUUUAUCUGAGGAGACAAUUACAACUCAAUUGAAGACAAAAACUUAUUUAACGCUUGCUACUGCUAUUAAUCUUGAGGAGGCACCUUCUGAUGAUCAGGAAACUGAUUCGUGUAUAAUAUGCCAGGAUGAAUACAAGAACCAAGAGAAGAUUGGAAUACUUAGAUGUGAGCAUGAAUACCAUGCAGAGUGCUUAAGGAAAUGGUUGCUUGUCAAAAAUGUCUGCCCCAUAUGCAAAUCAGAAGCUUUGAAUCCUGGAAGGAGGGAUGUGUAGAAAUCAAUGAAGUCAACAUCUUUCUCUAUUCCUGUCUUGUGGCCUUCUUGGCAAAUUUAUUUUUGAACAUAAUUCAUAUCUUGUUAUGUAAUUUGUAUAUGUACUUGCACAUAUAUAGACAGUCACACUGCCCAACUCAUUUAUUGUUGGCACCAAGAACUUUGUAUCUAUCAACCUGUACAGACUUUGUUCUGUUUGAUGAAAUAACCUCAGGUAAUUA